AAACUACAACAAAAAAUGGAUCCUGGACAUAAAUUAAUGCAACAUAUCAAGACGGUUCCCAACUUGGUCAGUGAAGAACCUAGCACAACUACACCGUCCAAUACAUCCUUUGUAGACCUACCAUGGAAUGAAUUUUCCAAACUACUGGCAAAGAACCGAAAGGACCGUGCAGAAAAAAUUAAAGAAAGUGCGACACCGCAAGAGGAUCAAGAUUUCACUUUAACUCGACCUCAAAAGGGUUCCGUCGAGAAUUUUUCUUUGGGAAAUUGGGAUGCUUGCACUGGCUAUCAAGAUAGCAAACAUAACUCUCAUUUACAUUAAAAGUCUAUUUUACAAUAAAAUAUUUCUUUUCUUUAGUGUGUCUAUAAUACAA